CCACAACUUCGCGCAGCUCUGCGCUCAGGUUAUGGGAGGGAACCUCUCAAGUGUCAACAUUUCAAACGUACAGGGAGAAGCCCUUCCUUUUCAGAAGCUCAAUUGAUCUCACAGGGAUCAACGGUCGAUUUCAGCUGCUGUGUUUCUAUUCUGUAAAGGCUAGAGAGAAUAUAAUAUGAGUACUACAGUACAGAGAACUCCAAAAUCUGGUAGGCAGUCCCUAUUUUUCCAAGACUUAGCUUCGCCUAUUUCUUCUCGGAAAGGAAAAUUUUCAAAUCCAGGUCAGGCAGCCGCAGUAUCUGCCCUAAGGCGUGAGAACUUUGGUGGUUCAGACCUUCCACCACCUCCUGUUUACACUUUGGAAGAUAGAUCAGACUUUUCUCCUGAAUCAGGCAUACAGGAUUAUCAGACAUCGCCAGAACCUAAGUCAGACCCGAGAACUCCCAUUCGAAUUGCAAAUAGGGAAUUUUCCACUCCAGUAAAAAGCAAAUCAGAGGUCAGCACGUCUUAUUCUCUAAAAGGAUUGCAGCAAAACCAACAGGGAUCGGCAGGUUUGAGUUGGUGGUCACCCACGUCUGCAAAGAGUGUGGGUGAGCAAGAUGAAAAGGGAAAGAGUUCACCAGUAGAGGGUGUGGUUCAACCUGGUGCUUUGAUCACUCUUCCUCCACCGAGGGAAGUUGCAAGGCCAGAGGUUCAGAGAAAUUCCUUGCCUGCAGGAAAUCUUGAUGAGGAAGAAUGGGUUACUGUUUAUGGAUUUUCUCCAGGUGAUACCAAUUUGGUUUUAAGGGAGUUCGAAAAAUGUGGUGUGAUUUUGAAACAUAUUCCUGGUCCUGGCGAUGCUAAUUGGGUGCACAUAUUAUAUCAGAAUCGGUCUGACGCUCAAAAAGCUCUCAACAAGAAUGGAAUGCAACUUAACGGAGUGCUCAUAGUGGGUGUGAAGCCUUUGGAUCCCAUACAACGUGAGGCCUUAAAUGAAAGGGUUAACAGGCAGGGAUUUAUGCCCAUACCUCCACCAUCUGCAAGAAUCUCAGAAGCGAGCACCUUAAGAGCUCCUUCUCGACCCUAUUAUCUGCAGAACGGCAACGCAAGUGCACGGCAGAGCGGAGGUGCCAUUGCUUCUCCAACAAAAUCAUUGGUGUCCAAAAUCAUGGAUCUGAUGUUUGGAGUCUAGAUUGCCUCUUUUUUGUGACCAUACUAAAUCAUAUGGAAAUUUUUUUGUGAACUGCACUGUUAAAAGUCUUUCGGCUAAAUCAUACAUCAUUAAGAGCGCAGGAGAGUCUUGUUCAAUGCUGCAGAGUUCAAAAUUUGGAUUUGUCACUGCGAGUUGUGAGCUUGUAGCACUUGUAGGCAAAACAUUAUUUUCUUUUCAUUUAAUUGAAAGCCAAAGCAUUGCUUUUGAAAGCUUUUAUACCUGGAACAAGAAGCUUACGUUUUUAGACUGAAUUCAAAUGGAGAAUGUACCUCUAAAAUAUUUUGUAAUUAUACGAGGCAUGAAUGUGUUGAAUU